AUGACUCUUCAUAUCAAAGCAAAACUGCCCCAGAUCUUUGUCCAGCUCCAGGCCUUGGCCAACGCUUCCAACCUCCCCAUGUCCCAUCAUUACCUGUGGCUGUUUGGUGGUCAUUCUCCAUCCAUAGGACUAUCCCCCUCCUCUGCUGUGGAGUUGGUGCCCCUUUUCCCACACGUCUGCGCUUCUGCUCUGCCACCUCCUGUUGGGAAAAGCUGGAUAGACAAGAGGAUGCCUAAUUACAAGAUCUUUUUAAAUAAUUCCUUUGCUCUGGACUCAACGUGGAUAUAUCCCGAGGAAUCAGGACUCUUCCACAGCCAUGAAAAACCUCAUUUUCUGGCAAACCAAGUAACUCCAUCUCUGUCUAGGCCAGCUCCUGCCUCCAGGCCUCUUCCCACUGUGGUAUUAGCAGCUCAACCAAUACCAGGUGGUUGCCAUAAUAGCCUUAAGCCAAUCAGCAGUGGUCCCACCAUCACCAUCACUGCCGCCGCCGCAGCAGCUGCUGCCAUGGUCUCCAUGGACCCUGAGGAACUCCGGGGCCUGUCACCCUCCAUUGUGCAGCCCUGCCAUUUCCUGACAUUGACCCCCAUCAGAAUCCCCCUCCGGACUGCCCCUUUCUCAGAUAAAAGCAAAGAGCUCAUCCGUGCACCCCGUCCUCCUGCGCUGAUGCUACGUGCCCCAGAGAGGAAAAGCCUGGCGGGAGACAAAGAGGACAAGGAGCCUCCACCCAUCCUGGUGAGAGGGGAGGAGACGGCAGCAAAGGGCAAUAGACCUGUGGCCUCCACGCCUGUGCCCGGAUCCCCCUGGUGUGUGGUCUGGACAGGGGAUGACCGGGUUUUCUUCUUCAACCCGACCAUGCAGCUGUCAGUCUGGGAGAAGCCCAUGGACCUGAAGAACCGGGGGGACCUCAAGAGGAUCAUCGAGGACCCACCCCACAAACGCAAGUUGGAGGCCUCAGCAACUGAAAGCAGCGAUGGAUCCAGUUCAGAAGAUGGCAGUGAGGACCAAAGUGUGAAAACUAAGAGGAAUAGGACUGAAAGUUGUGAGAGUCCUGGACCAGAGGAAACCCAGCAAGUAGACAAGGGGCCACAGACGCCACCCCCACAGAUUCUCCUGCCCCUGGAGGAGCGUGUGACCCAUUUCCGAGACAUGCUGCUGGAGAGAGGGGUGUCAGCAUUUUCUACGUGGGAGAAGGAACUGCAUAAAAUUGUGUUUGACCCACGAUAUCUCCUGCUAAACUCGGAGGAACGCAAACAGAUAUUCGAACAGUUCGUCAAGACAAGAAUAAAAGAAGAAUACAAGGAAAGGAAAAGUAAAUUGCUGUUAGCCAAAGAAGAAUUUAAGAAACUUCUAGAAGAAUCUAAAGUAUCACCCAGGACCACAUUUAAAGAGUUUGCUGAGAAGUAUGGCCGGGAUCAGAGGUUUCGGCUUGUUCAGAAGCGGAAGGAUCAGGAGCACUUUUUCAACCAGUUCAUACUUAUUCUAAAGAAACGGGACAAGGAAAACAGACUCAGGCUCCGGAAAAUGAGAUGAGUCUGCACAUCGCAAUAUGACAACGGGCAGCUGAGUGUGUGCAUGAGGAGAGAGACAGGAGGUGGCGGUGGCCGGCUGCUCUGCACAGCCCAGGCGGCCAGGGCACCGGAUGUUCUCAGAGAAUUACUGUUUCAUAUUGAAGCUCCCUCUUUUGUACAUUGUUCCCAGUUUGAUGCAUUUCUAAUUGCCAUGAGAUGUCGAGUCCUUAAGUGUUUUAAUUAUGCAAAUUACUUGUAAUAUACACAAAUUAUAAACCCACUGCGGGUUUGUGGCAAUGAAGAAGCAGGAAAUGUUCGUCAUCAUCUCGAGGUGCUGCUUCCGCUCAGAAGGACUGUCUAGAACUUCCCCGAGAGUGUUGUGAGUCACCCCCUUUGUGCAGGCCUCCCGUGGUGUUCCUAGAUCGAGGCCCCUUGUUUCCUGAGUAGUAGAAAUGGGUCCCCUUAUUCAUCACAGUGACAACCAGACAUUUGACACCCUUGUGGGUCGUGAUCAUCUGCAGGUGGCUAAGUGUGACCGGCUUCUCUGAAAGUGUGUCCCGACCAGCGGAAGGGAGCCACGCCGGCUGUUAGAGGUUCUUCUUAAAAAGAAUUAUUUUGUACAAAAUCAUCAUAUUACUAUUUGAGUUAUUUUUAUUGUAUGCCCAGAGUUUGCAUGAGAUUUUUCUCAUCAUCUUUGUAUAAGAUUUUAAAGUUUU